CUCUUUGACAAGCCGCUGCCGCAGAAAGGACGCGGCUCCCCGCGGGGGCUCGUCGCAUGCCCCCGCCCCGCGGAGGACUCGGACCGAGGUCUGCCGCCUCCUCGCCGCUGCCCGGACUAAUGGCAAAAGAGUAAACCAACAUGGCAGCUAUGGUCCCACCCGUGAAGCUGAAAUGGCUCGAGCAUCUGAACAGCUCUUGGAUCACAGAAGACAGUGAAUCUAUUGCAACAAGGGAGGGAGUUUCUAUCUUAUAUGCUAAGUUAGUUAGCAAUAAAGAAGUAGUGCCAUUGCCUCAGCAGGUUCUGUGCCUCAAAGGACCGCAGCUACCAGAUUUUGAGCGGGAAUCUCUAAGUAGUGAUGAACAGGACCACUAUUUGGAUGCCCUUCUUAGCAGCCAGCUGGCACUGGCUAAGAUGGUAUGCUCAGACUCUCCUUUUGCUGGAGCGCUUCGAAAACGUCUCCUUGUGUUGCAGCGUGUCUUCUAUGCACUUUCUAAUAAAUAUCAUGAUAAGGGUAAGGUGAAGCAACAGCAGCAUUCACCGGAAAGCAGCUCCGGAUCAACUGAUGUGCAUUCUGUCAGUGAACGUCCCAGGUCGAGUACAGAUGCACUCAUAGAAAUGGGCGUUCGGACUGGAUUAAGCUUGUUGUUUGCACUGCUGAGACAAAGUUGGAUGAUGCCAGCUUCGGGACCUGGCCUCAGUCUUUGCAACGAUGUUAUCCAUACUGCAAUAGAAGUCGUGAGCUCUUUACCACCUUUAUCUUUAGCAAACGAAAGCAAGAUUCCACCAAUGGGGCUGGACUGUUUAUCGCAAGUAACGACAUUUCUUAAGGGAGUAACAAUUCCGAACUCUGGGGCAGACACUUUAGGUCGUAGGUUAGCUUCUGAAUUGCUUCUUGGCUUGGCUGCCCAGCGAGGUUCCCUGCGAUACCUCCUUGAGUGGAUAGAAAUGGCAUUAAAUGCUUCAGCUGUAGUGAACACCAUGGAGAAAACCAAGUUGCUACAAAGUCCAGAAGGAAUGAUCAGCUUUGAUUGCUUUAUGAGUAUAUUAAUGCAGAUGCGACGAUCUUUGGGAUCAUCUGCUGAUCGAAGUCAAUGGAGAGAGCCAACUAGAACAUCUGAUGGCUUAUGUUCUCUUUACGAGGCAGCUCUAUGUUUAUUUGAAGAGGUUUGUCGCAUGGCAUCAGACUAUUCAAGAACAUGUGCCAGCCCUGACAGCAUUCAAACGGGUGAUGCUCCUAUUGUUUCUGAAACCUGUGAAGUUUACGUUUGGGGUAGCAACAGCAGUCAUCAACUGGUAGAGGGAACUCAAGAGAAAAUACUGCAACCCAAGCUUGCUCCAAGUUUUUCUGAUGCGCAGACGAUUGAAGCUGGACAGUAUUGCACUUUUGUAAUUUCUACAGAUGGCUCUGUCAGAGCCUGUGGUAAAGGCAGCUAUGGGAGACUGGGACUGGGUGAUUCCAAUAACCAGUCCACGUUGAAAAAACUGACUUUUGAGCCUCAUAGAUCCAUUAAAAAAGUGUCAUCUUCAAAAGGAUCUGAUGGGCACACGCUAGCGUUUACAACGGAAGGGGAGGUCUUCAGCUGGGGUGAUGGUGACUAUGGAAAACUGGGACACGGAAACAGUUCAACUCAGAAAUAUCCCAAACUUAUUCAGGGCCCGCUGCAAGGAAAGGUUGUUGUAUGUGUGUCAGCUGGAUACAGACAUAGUGCUGCUGUUACCGAAGAUGGAGAGCUGUAUACAUGGGGAGAAGGAGACUUUGGGAGAUUAGGUCACGGUGACAGCAACAGCCGCAACAUUCCGACUUUAGUAAAAGAUAUUAGCAAUGUAGGAGAGGUUUCCUGUGGCAGUUCACACACAAUAGCUCUGUCCAAAGAUGGCAGAACGGUAUGGUCAUUUGGAGGAGGAGAUAAUGGCAAACUUGGUCAUGGUGAUACAAAUAGAGUAUAUAAACCUAAAGUUAUAGAAGCCUUGCAAGGAAUGUUUAUUCGAAAAGUUUGUGCUGGGAGCCAGUCUUCACUUGCCUUAACAUCAACAGGACAGGUUUAUGCAUGGGGCUGUGGUGCAUGCCUUGGCUGUGGCUCUUCUGAGGCGACUGCUCUCAGACCCAAACUUAUUGAGGAACUGGCUGCUACAAGAAUAGUUGAUAUUUCAAUUGGUGACAGUCACUGUUUGGCACUUUCUCAUGAUAAUGAAGUUUAUGCUUGGGGUAACAAUUCAAUGGGACAGUGUGGCCAGGGAAACUCUACUGGUCCCAUUACCAAACCGAAGAAAGUCAGUGGUUUAGAUGGAGUUUCAAUUCAACAAAUUUCAGCAGGAACCUCUCAUAGUCUUGCCUGGACAGCUCUUCCAAGAGACAGGCAAGUUGUGGCAUGGCACAGACCCUAUUGUGUAGACCUUGAAGAAAGUACCUUUUCACAUCUUCGUUCUUUUCUUGAGCACUAUUGUGACAAAAUUAACAGUGAAAUUCCCCCUCUUCCUUUUCCUUCAUCAAGGGAGCAUCACAGUUUUCUUAAAUUGUGCCUGAAGCUGCUGUCAAAUCAUCUUGCACUUGCACUGGCUGGAGGUGUUGCUACUAGUAUUCUUGGCCGGCAAGCAGGUCCUCUUCGCAAUUUAUUGUUUAGACUGAUGGACUCCUCUGUCCCUGAUGAAAUUCAAGAAGUCGUAAUUGAGACUCUCUCAGUAGGAGCAACUAUGCUACUUCCUCCGUUGCGUGAGAGAAUGGAAUUGCUACACUCUCUUCUACCCCAGGGCCCUGAUAGAUGGGAAAGCUUGUCAAAAGGACAGAGAAUGCAAUUGGAUAUUAUUUUGACAAGCUUGCAAGAUCACACCCAUGUAGCUUCUUUACUUGGCUAUAGCUCACCAUCUGAUACCACGGAAACUUCCUCAUUAUGCAUCAGCUAUGGAAAUCUCUCUGAUCAAACAUACAGUGUCCAGAGCAGUCAUCCAGAUACUCAUCUAGCUGAAAUCUUAAUGAAGACCCUUCUAAGAAAUUUGGGAUUUUAUACAGAUCAAGCCUUUGGAGAACUGGAGAAGAACAGUGAUAAAUUUUUACUGGGUGCAUCAUCAUCAGAAAACAGCCAACCUGCUCAUCUUCAUGAGCUUUUAUGUUCCCUGCAGAAGCAGUUGCUGGCUUUUUGCCACAUCAACAGUGUUAGUGAAAAUUCCAGCAGUGUGGCACUGCUUCAUAAACACCUUCAGCUUCUGUUGCCUCAUGCUACAGAUAUCUAUUCCCGUUCUGCAACGCUGCUUAAGGAAAGCUCUUGGAAUGGUAGUGUUGGAGAAAAAUUGAGAGAUGUAAUUUAUGUAUCUGCAGCUGGUAGUAUGCUGUCUCAGAUUGUCAACUCUUUAUUGUUGCUGCCUGUGUCAGUAGCUCGGCCUUUGCUGAGUUAUUUGCUGGAUCUGUUGCCACCUCUGGAUCGUCUUAAUAGACUCUUACCUGCUGCGGCACUUUUGGAAGAUCAAGAGUUGCAGUGGCCACUUCAUGGUGGGCCUGAAUUAAUUGAUCCUGCUGGAGUGUCCUUACCACAGCCUGCCCAAUCUUGGGUAUGGCUCGUAGAUCUAGAGAGAACUGUAGCUUUGCUUAUUGGGCGGUGUCUUGGUGGCAUGCUUCAAGGACCUCCAGUGUCCCCUGAGGAGCAAGAUACAGCCUAUUGGUUGAAAACCCCACUUUUCAGCGAUGGAGUUGAAAUGGAUAUUCCUCAUUUAGACAAAUGCAUGAGCUCCUUAUUAGAAGUGGCCUUAUCUGGAAAUGAGGAACAGAAGCCGUUUGAUUAUAAGCUGAGACCUGAGAUUACUGUCUAUGUUGAUUUGGCCUUGGGUUGUACAAAAGAGCCAGCAAGAAGCCUGUGGAUCAGCAUGCAAGACUAUGCUGUUAGUAAAGAUUGGGAUACUGCAACUUUAACUAAUGAAUCACUCCUGGAUACUGUGUCCAGAUUUGUUCUUGCUGCUCUUCUGAAACAUACAAGUCUACUUAGUCAAGCCUGUGGUGAGAGCAGGUAUCAGCCUGGCAAAGCCUUAGCAGAGGUAUACCGUUGUGUUUAUAAAGUUCGGAGUCGCUUGCUUGCCUGCAAGAACAUGGAGCUUAUUCAGACUAGGUCAUCAUCAAGAGACAGAUGGAUGCUGGAUAACCAAGAAUCAGCUGAUGUGGAUACUCAAGAGCAUUCUUUUACUCGUACAAUUGAUGAGGAAGCAGAAAUGGAGGAGCAGGCAGAGCGGGACAGAGAAGAAGGACACAUAGAACAGGAAGAUGAAGAAGAGGAAAGAGAACAUGAAGUUAUGACAGCUGGUAAAAUAUUUCAAUGUUUCCUAUCAGCCCGUGAAGUAGCUCGCAGUCGGGAUCGAGAUAGGAUGAGCACUGGGACAGGGACUAGACUUGAUGAUCAACCUCCUCAGUCUCAGCAGGAAAGAAGAAUCAGCACUGAUCUGACAGAAGGCCAAGAUGUGUAUACUGCUGCAUGCAACUCUGUAAUCCACAGAUCUGCCUUGUUGAUCCUGGGAGUGAGCCCGGUUAUUGAGGAUUUUCAGAAGCGAAGGGAGGAUGGGCACUUACAGCAACCUCCCUCUACUGCUCCUGAGGGAAUUGGACUAAUGACAAGGAGUGAAAGUCUUACUGCAGAGAGUCGCUCAAUCCAUGCAAACUCAAACUAUAGACUGAUGAAGUCAAGAAGUGAAUCAGAUUUAUCUCAGCCUGAAUCAGAUGAGGAAGGUUAUUCACUGAGUGGAAGACGAAACGUUGAUUUGGACUUGGCAUCAUCACAUAGAAAAAGGGUGUAUUUACUCCUUUUUGGCCAGUUGAGCCCCAGAAAAAAGAAGAGCUUCAAGCAAGUACCUGAUGGAGCAAUACACAGUCAAGUGGAACCUUUAACUGACUCAUGGGCUCGACUGAAGCACAGCAGAGAUUGGUUGUACACUUCCUCCUACUCAUUUAUUGAGUCCGAUUUUGAUCUCUCACGAUCUCUUGGAGUUCAUACUUUGAUUGAAAAUGUUGUCAGCUUUGUAAGUGGAGAUGUAGGAAACUCUCCAGGAUUUAAGGAACCAGAGGAAAGUAUGUCCACCAGUCCGCAGGCAUCAAUAAUUGCAAUGGAGCAGCAGCAGUUGAGGGCUGAGCUUCGUCUGGAAGCUCUUCAUCAAAUCUUAGUGCUUCUGUCAGGGAUGGAGGAAAAAGGCAGUGUGGCAUUAAUGGGAAGUCAUCAGGGGCCAGGAUUUCAGUCAUCUUCAUUGCUUACUUCUGUUAGACUACAGUUUCUUGCUGGAUGCUUUGGUUUGGGCACUGUAGGACAUGCAGGUGCCAAAGGAGAGAGUGUAAGACUGCAUCACUACCAGGAUGGUAUCAGAGCAGCCAAGAGAAGUAUUCAGAUUGAAAUUCAGGUGGCUGUGCACAAAAUUUACCAGCAAUUAUCUGCUACCUUGGAAAGAGCUCUGCAAGCUAAUAAGCAUCACAUAGAAGCACAGCAGCGUCUUCUGUUGGUAACAGUCUUUGCUCUAAGCGUGCACUAUCAGCCUGUUGAUGUCUCUUUGGCUAUUUCUACUGGUUUGCUAAAUGUGCUAUCACAGUUGUGUGGCACAGACACCAUGUUAGGACAACCACUUCAGUUGCUGCCCAAAACUGGUAUUUCUCAGCUCAGCACAGCUUUGAAAGUAGCCAGUACAAGACUACUUCAGAUCCUUGCUAUCACCACAGGAACCUAUGCUGACAAAUUGAGCCCAAAGGUGGUACAGUCAUUGCUGGAUUUAUUAUGCAGUCAGCUAAAGAACUUGUUAUCACAAGCUGGUGUGAUGCUUAUGGCUUCAUUUGGAGAAGAGGAAGUUGAAGAACAUGAAGCAGAAUCAAAAAAGGCAGAUUCAAACGGGGAGAAUGAAAAGAGAGACUUUAGAGCUGCCCUUCGAAAGCAACACGCAGCAGAACUGCACUUGGGAGACUUCCUUGUUUUCUUGCGUAGAGUCGUCUCUUCAAAAGCAAUUCAGUCAAAAAUGGCAUCUCCAAAGUGGACAGAAGUACUUCUUAACAUUGCUUCUCAGAAGUGUUGCUCAGGAGUUCCCUUGGUUGGAAAUUUGAGGACUAGACUUCUUGCACUUCAUGUACUAGAAGCUGUAUUACCUGCUUGUGAAUCUGGCGUUGAAGAUGAUCAAAUGGCUCAGGUUGUUGAACGAUUAUUCUCACUUCUGUCUGACUGCAUGUGGGAGACUCCUAUAGCUCAAGCUAAGCAUGCAAUUCAGAUAAAGGAGAAAGAACAAGAAAUGAAGCUGCAGAAGCAAGGAGAGUCUGAAGAUGAAGAUGAAAAUCUUCCCAUACAGGAAGUGUCCUUUGACCCUGAGAAAGCACAGUGCUGCAUAGUGGAGAACGGGCAGAUUCUGACUCAUGGAAGUGGAGGUAAAGGAUAUGGAUUAGCGUCAACCGGAGUCACUUCAGGGUGUUACCAGUGGAAGUUCUACAUUGUAAAGGAGAAUCGAGGCAAUGAAGGCACAUGUGUUGGUGUUUCUCGCUGGCCAGUACAUGAUUUUAACCAUCGCACUACCUCAGAUAUGUGGCUGUAUAGAGCCUACAGUGGUAACCUUUAUCACAAUGGAGAGCAAACUUUGACUCUGUCCAGCUUUACCCAAGGAGAUUUCAUCACAUGUGUUUUAGAUAUGGAAGCAAGAACUAUUUCCUUCGGUAAAAAUGGAGAGGAGCCAAAACUAGCUUUUGAAGAUGUGGAUGCAGCAGAAUUAUACCCUUGUGUUAUGUUCUAUAGCAGUAAUCCAGGAGAAAAGGUGAAAAUCUGUGAUAUGCAGAUGCGUGGUACGCCGAGAGAUUUGCUACCUGGUGACCCCAUCUGUAGUCCUGUUGCUGCAGUGCUGGCAGAAGCCACCAUCCAACUCAUUCGUAUCCUUCAUCGCACAGACCGCUGGACACACUGCAUCAAUAAGAAAAUGAUGGAAAGACUGAAUAAAAUCAAAACAUGUCUUAAAGAAGCAGGUCAAAAGCUGAAGAAAAGUCGCUCAAUUCAAAGUCGAGAAGAGAAUGAGGUGAGAGAGGAGAAAGAAAAUAAGGAGGAGGAGAAGGGCAAGCAUAAUAGGCAUGGUCUGGCAGACCUUUCAGAAUUGCAGCUGAAGAUGCUGUGCGUGGAGGUGUGGCCUGUUUUAGCAGUAAUUGGUGGAGUUGAUGCUGGACUUAGAGUUGGAGGUCGAUGUGUACACAAGCAAACUGGACGUCAUGCCACUUUACUUGGAGUAGUGAAGGAAGGCAGUACGUCUGCUAAGGUCCAGUGGGAUGAAGCAGAGAUUACUAUCAGCUUCCCAACUUUUUGGUCGCCUAGUGAUACUCCAUUGUAUAAUCUGGAGCCCUGUGAACCACUGCCUUUUGAUGUUGCAAGAUUUCGUGGGCUGACAGCUACUGUGUUGCUGGACCUUACCUAUCUGACUGGUAUCCAUGAAGAUAUGGGAAAACAAAGCACCAAGAGACAUGAGAAAAAACACAGACAUGAAUCUGAAGAUAAAGGGGAAACGGACCAGAAAGUGGAGGGUGAUGCUGGACCAGAUACACGAUCAGCACUAAGUGCCGAUGAUAACAAAGCACACAGCACUGCAAGCUCUAAAUCAGAAAAUGAAAUCGCUUCCUUUUCCCUAGAACCAUCAGCACUAGGGAUGGAAUCCCAACACCAGCCUGCUGAAGGAAGAAAAAAGAAUCAUGAACAUUCUCCAAGAAAUCAUGACAUAGUUCAGUCAGAAAUCAGAGCCGUACAGCUGUCUUAUCUUUAUCUUGGUGCUAUGAAGUCGCUUAGUGUUCUUCUUAGUUGUAGUAAAUAUGCUGAACUGCUGUUAAUACCAAAAGUCCUGGCAGAAAAUGGUCACAACUCUGACUGUGCGAGUUCUCCAGUUGUUCAUGAGGAUGUGGAAAUGCGUGCUGCCCUGCAGUUCCUGAUGCGACACAUGGUGAAGCGAGCAGUCAUGCGCUCACCUAUUAAAAGAGCGCUAGGACUGGCAGAUUUGGAGAGAGCACAAGCCAUGAUCUACAAGUUAGUGGUUCAUGGAUUGCUGGAGGAUCAGUUUGGUGGCAGGCUUAAACAAGAAGUAGACCAGCAAGUGGAAGAAGGUGAUCAGUCUCAGCAAGCCCAAACACCAGUUACAACCAGCCCUUCUGCUUCCAGCACAACUUCUUUCAUGAGUAGCUCUCUGGAGGAUACUACCACAGCUACUACUCCAGUAACUGAUACUGAAACUGUUCCUGCUUCUGAAUCUCCUGGUGUUAUGCCUCUCAGUCUUCUUAGGCAAAUGUUCUCCAGUUAUCCUACUACAACUGUACUGCCAGCACGACGUGCUCAGACUCCUCCAAUAUCUUCUUUACCAACAUCUCCUUCAGAUGAAGUUGGGAGGAGACAAAGUUUGACUUCUCCUGAUUCCCAGUCUGCAAGGCCUACGAAUCGUACAGCUUUGUCCGAUCCAAGCAGCCGACUUUCAACAUCUCCGCCUCCUCCUGCCAUCGCUGUUCCACUGUUAGAAAUGGGAUUCUCCCUCAGGCAGAUUGCAAAAGCCAUGGAAGCCACAGGUGCCAGAGGAGAAGCAGAUGCGCAGAACAUCACAGUGCUUGCUAUGUGGAUGAUAGAGCACCCUGGAAAUGAAGAUGAUGAAGAACCCCAGCCAGAUGUGACUGCAGAUGCACGACACGGGGCAAUAGUCUCUGGAAGUGGUGGAAAAUCUGGUGAUCAUUGUUAUUUGCAGUCACCAGGUGACAUCCCUUCAGCUGAUGCUGCUGAAAUGGAAGAAGGCUUUAGUGAAAGCCCUGAUAAUAUGGAUCAUGUGGAUAAUGCAGCUUCUGCAAGUGGACCUCCAUCCAGAAGUCGGUCAUCUGUAACAAGAAGACACAAAUUUGAUUUAGCUGCCCGAACACUGCUAGCACGUGCUGCGGGAUUAUACCGCUCUGUACAGGCCCACAGAAAUCAGAGUCGAAGAGAAGGCAUAUCUUUGCAGCAAGAUCCAGGGGCUCUUUAUGACUUCAACUUGGAUGAGGAGUUGGAAAUUGACCUUGAUGAUGAAGCAAUGGAAGCUAUGUUUGGUCAAGACCUGGCUAGUGAUAAUGAUAUUCUGGGAAUGUGGAUCCCAGAGGUAUUGGAUUGGCCUACCUGGCAUGUUUGUGAAUCUGAAGACAGAGAAGAAGUAGUGGUUUGUGAACUGUGUGAAUCCAGCGUUGUCAGCUUCAAUCAACACAUGAAAAGAAACCAUCCAGGCUGCGGGCGCAGUGCCAACCGUCAGGGCUAUCGUAGCAAUGGUUCCUAUGUGGAUGGAUGGUUUGGUGGGGAAUGUGGAAGUGGAAAUCCUUACUAUUUAUUGUGUGGUGUCUGCAGAGAGAAGUACUUAGCCCUGAAGAGUAAAUCCAAAACAUCAACUUCCGAAAGGUACAAAGGCCAGGCUCCUGAUUUAAUAGGUAAACAAGACAGUGUCUAUGAAGAAGACUGGGAUAUGUUAGAUGUAGAUGAAGAUGAAAAGCUGACAGGAGAAGAGGAGUUUGAAUUACUGGCUGGACCUCUUGGGCUGAAUGAUCGACGUAUUGUACCUGAACCUGUGCAGUUCCCUGACAGCGACCCUCUAGGUGCAUCAGUUGCAAUGGUGACAGCCACCAACAGCAUGGAAGAAACAUUGAUGCAAAUAGGUUGUCACGGCUCUAUAGAAAAAAGCUCUUCUGGCAGGAUAACCUUAGGAGAACAAGCAGCUGCCCUAGUAAAUCCACAUGACCGUGUUAUGGCCUUAAGAAGAGUGACAGCUGCUGCACAAGUCCUCCUUGCAAGAACUAUGGUUAUGAGAGCACUCUCACUUUUGUCUGUCAGCGGUUCCAGUUGUAGCCUGGCAGCUGGUCUUGAAUCCUUGGGAUUAACAGAUAUCAGAACUUUGGUUCGUUUAAUGUGCCUCGCUGCAGCAGGGAGAGCAGGACUCUCCACAAGUCCAUGCACUGUGUCAAGUUCAACAGAGCGAUCCAGAGGAAUUCACAGCAAAACAAGCAAGCCUAUAUCAUGUCUUGCCUACCUGAGCACAGCAGUGGGCUGUUUGGCAUCAAACACUCCUAGUGCUGCUAAACUUCUGGUGCAGUUAUGUACGCAGAAUUUGAUUUCUGCAGCAACCGGUGUAAACUUGACAACUGUUGAUGAUCCAAUUCAACGGAAAUUUUUGCCAAGCUUUUUAAGAGGAAUCGCUGAAGAAAACAAACUUGUUACCUCUCCAAACUUUGUGGUUACUCAGGCACUUGUAGCGCUGCUGGCAGACAAAGGGGCCAAACUGAGGCCAAAUUAUGAUAAAGCAGAAUUUGAAAAGAAAGCAGGUUUAAUUGCCCAUUUGUAUGCCCAUCCUUCCUAUGAUCCUUCUGCUGUAGGCCCUCUGGAGCUGGCUAAUGCACUAGCAGCCUGCUGCCUUUCUUCAAGGUUAUCUUCACAACAUAGGCAGUGGGCUGCUCAGCAGUUGGUGCGAACUCUUGCAGCUCAUGAUCGAGAUAAUCAAACUAUUCCUCAGACCCUCGCUGAUAUGGGGGGAGACUUACGAAAAUGUUCCUUCAUAAAAUUGGAAGCUCACCAGAAACAGGUCAUGACAUGUGUUUGGUGCAAUAAAAAGGGACUUUUGGCAACCAGUGGAAAUGAUGGCACCAUAAGAGUGUGGAACGUUACCAAGAAACAGUACUCAUUGCAACAGACUUGUGUGCUCAACAAAUUAGAGGGUGAUUCUGAAGAAAGUUUGGGGUCACCCAGUGACCUUAGUUUGUCUCUUAUCUGUUGGAGCAUCAGUGGCAAAUAUCUGGCUGGAGCUACAGAAAAGAUGGUGAACAUAUGGCAAGUCAAUGGAGGAAAAGGAUUAUUAGAUCUUCAGCCUCACUGGGUAUCUGCACUUGCUUGGCCAGAAGAAGGGCCAGCUGCAGCAUGGAAAGGAGAAUUAUUAUUAAUUGGUCGUAUGGAUGGAUCUCUUGGACUUAUUGAAGUUGUGGAUAUUUCAACCAUGCACCGGAUAGAACUGGAACACUGCUACAGAAAGGAUGUUUCUGUCACAUGCCUUGCCUGGUUCAGUGAAGAUAAACCAUUUGCAGUUGGCUAUUCAGAUGGGAAAUUGCUAAUAGGAACAAAGGAACCACUUGAAAAAGGAGAAAUCGUUCUACUUGAUGCACACAAGGAUACAAUUGUUAGUAUGAAGUGGGAUCCAACUGGUAAGAUUCUCCUGACAUGUGCCAAAGAAGAAAUGGUGAAACUCUGGGCAUACAUGGGAGGGUCUUGGAGACGUCUGCAUUCACUGCCCCAUCCAGCUUUUGUGAAUGGCAUUGCUUGGUGUGGUCUUCCAGGGAAAGGUUCCAAGUUACAGCUUUUGCUAGCUACAGGGUGCCACAAUGGUUUGGUGUGUGUCUGGACUGUUCCCCAGGACAUAGCAGUCACGCUGCAGACCAGCUCAGCAUACUCAGAAGGAUGGUGGGACCAAGAAACAAGUGCCCAGGAUGGAUACAGAAAAGCAGUUGAAGCCAAGUGUGUAUUUCAACUGAGAGGACAUAUUACCCCUGUUCGGACUGUUGCGUUCAGCCCUGACGGACUGGCAUUAGUAUCUGGUGGACUUGGUGGUCUCAUGAAUAUUUGGUCUUUACGGGAUGGUUCGGUGCUACAGAGUGUUGUGAUAGGUUCUGGAGCUAUUCAGACUGCUGUAUGGAUACCUGAAGUUGGUGUAGCUGCGUGCUGUAACAGAUCAAAGGAUGUGUUGGUAGUGAACUGUACAUCAGAGUGGAUAUCUUCCAAUCACAUCCUUGCAACAUGUAGAACUGCACUGAAACAGCAAGGAGUUUUAGGAUUAAAUAUGGCUCCUUGCAUGCGAGCUUUCUUGGAACGUUUGCCAAUAAUGCUUCAGGAGCAGUAUGCUUAUGAAAAGCCCCAUGUUGUUUGUGGAGACCAGCUUGUUCACAGUCCUUAUAUGCAAUGCUUGGCGUCACUCGCUGUGGGCCUCCACCUAGAUCAGCUGUUGUGCAAUCCUCCAGUACCACCUCAUCACCAAAACUGCCUCCCUGAUCCUUCAACCUGGAGUCCCACGGAAUGGGCCUGGCUAGAAUGUUUCUCAACCACCAUAAAAGCUGCUGAAGCCUUGGCGAAGGGAGCACAGUUCCCAGAAUCCUUUACUGUUCCAGACCUGGAGCCUGUUCCAGAGGAUGAACUUACUCUCCUAAUGGAUAACAGUAAAUGGAUCAAUGGUAUGGAUGAACAGAUUAUGUCCUGGGCAACGUCAAGGCCAGAGGAUUGGCACUUAGGAGGCAAAUGUGACGUGUAUCUGUGGGGAGCAGGAAGACAUGGACAAUUAGCAGAAGCUGGUAGAAAUGUCAUGGUACCAGUGGCAGCACCUUCUUUCUCUCAGGCUCAACAGGUUGUUUGUGGUCAGAACUGUACUUUUGUCAUUCAAGCUAAUGGCACAGUUUUGGCUUGUGGAGAAGGGAGCUAUGGACGGCUGGGACAAGGAAAUUCGGAUGAUCUUCAUGUGUUAACAGUCAUUUCAGCACUGCAAGGCUUUGUUGUAACACAGCUGGUGACCUCUUGUGGAUCUGAUGGACAUUCCAUGGCUUUGACUGAAAGUGGGGAAGUCUUUAGCUGGGGAGAUGGAGAUUAUGGCAAACUAGGACACGGGAACAGCGACAGACAGCGCAGGCCUAGACAAAUAGAGGCUCUGCAAGGAGAAGAAGUGGUGCAGAUGUCAUGUGGCUUCAAACACUCAGCUGUGGUGACAGCAGAUGGCAAACUUUUUACAUUUGGAAAUGGUGAUUAUGGUCGAUUAGGGCUUGGAAAUACUUCCAAUAAGAAACUUCCUGAAAGAGUGACAGCGCUGGAGGGCUACCAGAUUGGACAGGUGGCCUGUGGACUCAAUCAUACUGUAGCUGUGUCAACGGAUGGUUCAAUGGUUUGGGCUUUUGGAGAUGGAGAUUAUGGUAAACUUGGUUUGGGAAAUUCCACUGCAAAAUCCUCACCACAGAAAGUGGAUAUCCUCUGUGGAAUUGGCAUAAAAAAAGUUGCCUGUGGAACACAGUUUUCUGUUGCACUGACAAAAGAUGGUCAUGUAUAUACGUUUGGACAAGAUCGCCUUAUUGGUUUGCCUGAAGGCCGAGCUCGAAAUCACAACAGACCCCAGCAGGUCCCAGUACUCUCAGGAGUCUUCAUUGAAGACAUAGCUGUAGGAGCAGAGCAUACACUAGCUUUAUCAUCCACAGGCGAUGUAUAUGCUUGGGGUAGCAACUCUGAAGGGCAGCUUGGACUUGGCCAUACUAACCAUGUCAGAGAACCAACCCUAAUAACAGUCCUGCAAGGAAAGAAUAUUCGGCAGAUUUCAGCAGGUCGUUGCCACAGUGCUGCCUGGACAGCGCCCCCAGUUCCACCCAGAGCUCCAGGUGUAUCGGUGCCUUUACAGCUUGGCUUGCCUGAUGCCAUUCCACCGCAGUAUGGGGCACUGAAGGAAGUGAGCAUUCAUACAGUAAGAGCAAGGCUCAGACUGCUGUACCAUUUCUCUGACCUCAUGUACUCUUCAUGGAGAUUACUUAACCUCAGUCCCAAUAAUCAGAACAGUACAUCUCAUUACAAUGCUGGAACAUGGGGGAUAGUGCAAGGCCAGCUAAGACCCUUGCUAGCACCACGAGUGUACACGCUCCCUAUGGUACGCUCUAUAGGAAAGACCAUGGUUCAGGGAAAAAACUAUGGUCCUCAGAUUACUGUAAAAAGAAUAUCAACCAGGGGUCGGAAGUGCAAACCCAUUUUUGUACAGAUUGCAAGGCAAGUGGUAAAGCUGAAUGCAUCAGACCUUCGCCUGCCUUCUCGUGCCUGGAAAGUGAAACUGGUUGGAGAAGGAGCUGAUGAUGCAGGGGGAGUGUUUGAUGACACUAUUACAGAAAUGUGUCAGGAGCUUGAAACUGGAGUAGUAGACCUGCUUAUUCCUUCCCCAAAUGCCACAGCUGAAGUAGGCUACAAUAGGGAUAGGUUUCUCUUUAACCCUUCAGCAUGUUUAGAUGAGCAUCUGAUGCAGUUUAAAUUUUUGGGCAUUCUCAUGGGUGUAGCUAUUCGUACAAAAAAGCCAUUAGAUCUUCAUUUGGCUCCAAUGGUCUGGAAGCAACUUUGUUGUAUCCCACUCAUCUUGGAGGAUUUGGAGGAGGUAGAUCUGCUCUAUGUGCAGACCCUCAACAGCAUUCUUCACAUUGAAGACAGUGGGAUUACCGAAGAAAAUUUCCAUGAGAUGAUUCCUUUAGAUUCUUUUGUUGGCCAAAGUGCUGAUGGCAAAAUGGUUCCCAUAAUCCCUGGAGGGAACAGCAUCCCACUUACCUUUUCAAACAGGAAAGAAUAUGUGGAAAGGGCAAUUGAGUACAGACUUCAUGAAAUGGACCGUCAGGUGGCUGCUGUAAGAGAAGGAAUGUCUUGGAUUGUUCCCGUUCCCUUGUUGUCUCUUCUGACUGCUAAGCAGUUGGAGCAGAUGGUCUGUGGAAUGCCAGAAAUAUCAGUUGAAGUUCUGAAGAAAGUUGUGCGAUACAGAGAAGUUGAUGAGCAGCAUCAGCUCGUACAGUGGUUCUGGCAUACCCUCGAAGAAUUUUCGAAUGAGGAGAGAGUCCUUUUCAUGAGGUUUGUGUCAGGAAGAUCUCGAUUGCCAGCCAACACAGCUGAUAUCUCUCAGCGAUUCCAAAUAAUGAAGGUUGAUAGGCCUUACGACAGCUUGCCUACCUCACAGACUUGUUUCUUUCAACUGAGGCUCCCACCUUACUCCAGUCAACUAAUCAUGGCAGAGCGUUUGCGCUAUGCAAUCAAUAAUUGCAGGUCUAUAGAUAUGGACAAUUAUAUGCUCUCACGGAAUGUGGACAAUGCAGAGGGCUCAGACACAGAUUAUUAACAUUCUGUGAACAAAAUCAUCUUCCUUUUACUGAAAAUAGUGCCCUAAGUCCAAUUUGUUGUUGACAUAAUUUUAUGGUAACCAUAGAUGUUUUAGGAGCAUAAAAGCAGAUGUUAAUAAACAGUGGCCACAUUUUAGUUACUCUAAAUGUAACGAAAAAUUAGAUGUUUUUAUUUUUUUGUGAUUGUAAAAAAGAAAAAAAGAAAACAACAAAAAAAGUAUGAUCAAUAAUUUUUUUCUCCUUUUUUGGUCACUUUUGAUAAGUUUGCAUGGAGACAUUUGGGUGCAUUUUUGUUGGGAAUAGUACAUUUGUAAGCCCUCCCAGUGAACAUGAAGGGUUGUACAUUGUGUAUAAUUGUUCAUUAGCAAGGACAGUUUUACAUGAAUAUUCACAUAUUUAUUUUGUUCUAAUUUGAAUUGCCUGUGCAGGGUUCCUUACGCAGAGAAAAAUAAAGCAAAUUCGAGAA